GGAAGGUCAUGAUCACCCGGGAUGUUGUCUUCUACGAGGAGGUGAACUACCUGCAGUGGAAGGGAGUAGAGAAAGAGAUUGCAGCAGCAGGGACAGCAAUUGCACCGGACAAGGUGGACGAUCUUUUGGAAGAAAAGGAGAGUGAGGGAGUUGGUGAUGAAGGAGAUGAGGAACUCGAAGAUGUGGAACGGGCAGAUUCAGUUGAUUGGGUGUGGGAGAAGGCACCAACCAGGGAAGCGGAUGAAAGCAAGGUAGUGGAGAUAGCAGGGGAGCAGCCAAGCAAAGAAGUAGCUGAGGAUGGCAUUGAUGAAGUGGCUGAAGAAGAGGGAGAUGAAGAAUCAGCAGCUGAAGGAGAUAGUGAUCCUUGGAAGCUUCUAAACAGUGAUGACAACAAUGCCAAGAUGAGGGAGAUAGAGGAAUUACUUGAGGAGGGCGCCAUCGUGAUUGGAAGGGAAGUGAAGAAUGGAGAAGGGAAAGCACUGGCGGAUUCCAGUGAGGAUGAGGUCGAGUCACCUGCAGAGGAGUUGGGGAAAGGAAAGAGGGUGAAGAAACCAAACCCUCGUUUCAUCUUUUCCCAUGCUCCUGCUUUCCCGUCUCCCUCUCUCCCUCUCCCUCUUUCCCCAUCCCGUUCUUCCCCUCUUAACCCUCCUCCCAGUGGCGCGCUGCAAGUGGACUUCGCGUGCUCCUCUGCCUCGUCCGGAGGGGGAGGGGGUGGCGGCACUGGUGGGGGCGCGGGGGGAGGCACUGGCGGAGGUGGGGGCGACUACGGGGGUGACUACAACGGGGGGAACAAUGGGGGUGGUGAUUACGGUGGUGGUAGUGGCGGCGGUGAUUCUAACGGGGGGAAUGGAGGGGACUACAAUGGUGGAGGUGACAAUAAUGGGGGGAGCGGUGGUGACUAUGGGGGUGGCAGCGGUGGUGGGGGGAGUGGUGGUGGCGGAGGUAGAGGUGGUGGGGGUGCUGGAGGCGGAGGAAGGGGAGGCGGUGGGGGGGACUGCAGGAGAGGGCCUGGGGGCGGACGUGGGGGACCUGGUGGGGGACAGGGAGGGCCUGGGGGCGGGCAGGGGGGACCUGGGGGCGGGCAAGGCGGAUUCGGUGGGGGACAGGGGGGAUUUGGAGGAGGACAGGGCGGACCUGGGGGCGGGCAGGGCGGAACUGGUGCUGGGGGCGGGCAAGGGGGAGCUGGGGGCGGCAAUGGUGGUGACUACAGCAACGGAGGGGGCUACAGCGGCGGCAAUGGCGGUAAUGGUGGGAGCAACACAGUCGGACAAGGCGGGUACUACAGCGGUGCAGGAGGAGGGGGAGGGGCUGGUGGUGCUGCUGCUGCUGGUGGGGGCUGUGGGGGAGGGCAAGGGCAAGGCGGGGGGGCUGGGAAUGGGCAGGGCGGACCUGGGAGCGGGCAAGGGGGAGCUGGAGGAGGGCAGGGGGGACCUGGGGGGGAUUAUGGUGGGGGAAGCAAUGGCGGAGACUAUGGUGGUGGGAAUGGCGCUGGUGACUAUAGUGGGGGGAAUGGAGGGGAUUACAACACUGGUGGUGACUACAGCGGGGAGACCACUGGAGGGGGCAAUGGUGGUGGCAAUGGUGGUGACUAUAACGGAGGGAGCUACACUGGGGACUACAGUGGGGAUUACAGCGGAGGGACGGGCGGCAGUCAGGGCGGCAGUCAGGGAGGCCCAUCUGGGGGCGGUAUGAGUGGAGGCGGAGGCAUGGGCGGCGGAGGCAUGGGCGGCGGAGGCAUGGGCGGCGGAGGCAUGGGCGGCGGAGGCAUGGGCGGCGGAGGCAUGGGCGGCGGAGGCAUGGGCGGCGGAGGCAUGGGCGGCGGAGGCAUGGGCGGCGGAGGCAUGGGCGGCGGAGGCAUGGGCGGCGGAGGCAUGGGCGGCGGAGGCAUGGGCGGCGGAGGCAUGGGCGGCGAAGGCAUGGGCGGCGGAGGCAUGGGCGGCAGAGGCAUGGGCGGUGGUGCUGCUGGCGGGGGAAUGGGAGGGCCUGGGGGAGUGCCUGGCGGAGGAGGCAUGGGGGGAGGAGGCAUGGGGGGAGGAGGAGGCAUGGGGGGAGGAGGCAUGGGCGGUGGUGCUGCUGGUGGUGGCAUGGGAGGGUCUGGGGGGAUGGGCGGAGGCGGAGGGAUGGGCGGUGGUGGGGGGAUGGGAGGAGGCGGGGGCAUGGGAGGGGGCGGAGGAAUGGGAGGGGGCGGAGGAAUGGGAGGGGGCGGAGGAAUGGGAGGGGGCGGAGGAAUGGGAGGGGGCGGAGGAAUGGGAGGGGCCGGAGGAAUGGGAGGGCCUGGGGGUGGCAUGGGCGGAGGAGGAGGGAUGAGGGGAGGGGGAGGGAUGGGCGGAGGUGGAGGCAUGGGGGGAGGAGGCAUGGGGGGAGGAGGAGGCAUGGGGGGAGGAGGCAUGGGAGGGGGCAGGCCUUAG